AGGAAACUUGCCCCCUGGAUGUUCAUACCUAGUAGUGCCUAUCUUGCACAUUUCAACCUUCGCUGACGUAAUUUGGGCGACGAGCAAAUUUAGUAAAAGGGAAUAGUGCAAUAUGUGGCUAGCCUAAGUGCGGCACUGUAGCAUAGGUACCUAAUGUACCUAGGCAACAAUUCGCUACGUCAACCGAUAGUUCAUUAGAAAGUGCUACAUCCGACGUACGAUAGGCUUCUAAUGUCGGAUACAAGAGCGCCUAAUGGACAUGUCGUAAUAUAAAAGCUGCCAUUUCAUCAGAACCUAAUAGCUUGGUCAAUCACCAAAUAGCUGCGAAGUCACCACUGCUUAUCAGUCAAUAAGUCAUUAUGGCGGUUACGGAGUUAGCAUGGCUCACAGCAGCCUCAGGAUCCCUUACACCCGAAGGCAAGGAAGCCGUGAAUCAGGCACUGAAUAUUCAAGAUGGAUGGUUCGCCCAAAAUGCGCCGGCGCUACCCAAGGAAAGAGAAAAUCGCGGUGUAGGCCUUUUCCAACAGGUCGAGGAUCCGUCUAUUUAUCUUCUCACAGCCCACUGGGAAUCUGUCGAUCAACACAAAGUCUGGCUGGAGAGCGACGAAAAUAAGACAGUCUUCCCUGGACUCAAGGACCAUUUCCAGCUUGAGAAGACAUCCUUCUUCCACUAUGACGUCGAAAUAUUUACGCCAAAGGCGAACAGCGACAUCCCUUUGCUAAAAAGUCCUCUCUUUAGCCUGACUAGGGUUGCUAUCGCGGCUGGGGAUCGAGGAACAUUUGACCAAGGAUGGAAUGAAGUCAAGGGUAUAGCGGAGAAGUUUGUGAAACCAUACACAGUACAGCAUGGUUGGCGCAUUGAGAAGGAGGACGAAGCACUUGAGGAAUUCGUUUUAACUUGCGGUUGGCCUAGCGUUGAGAGGCAUGGUGAAUUCCCAACAGCUGAGGGUUUCGAGAAGCUCUCGGACACUAUAACGCCUUAUAUCAAGACCCGCAAUGUCGUGCACUACAAGAGGAUCCUGUAGCUAGUUAAAUGAUUAUGAAAGUCUCUUGGGA